AUGAUGCUCAACUUGGGAAGCAAACGAGACGUCCCACAACCAGCCACCAUUUCUCUUCCUCCGACCAUUCAGCUCCCAAUGUUGGGCCACCUUCAAGGCCUCCAGCAAAAUAUUCCCCAGCAACAAAAUCAGCAACCACAGCAGAACCCCCAAAAUCCCCAGCAAGUUCAGAAUAUUCCUCCACCGCCUCCCCAAAAUGGGCAAGAUUAUACCCUCUCCAGCGUACUUCACUUUCUCCAGACGGAAUGGAGGAGGUAUGAGCGCGACCGUAAUGAAUGGGAGAUCGAACGGGCGGAGAUGAGGGCUCGUAUAGCUCUUCUCGAAGGUGAAAGACGUUCCUUUGAGAACGUUAAACUUGAUCUUAUGCGGCGCAUAAAAAUGCUGGAGUACGCGUUGCGUUUGGAACGGUCCAAGCAGCUCAAUCAGCCUCAGCUGCAAAGCGUACCUCCAGCUAAACUCGCCUCUGUUCAAGUCCAGAAUCCGUCAUCAGUUCAGAAAGAUGAAACACAAGGACACAAAGUUGAAAGUGGGGGGAGUUCACCGCGGAGUGAAGAAUCCCCACUCCCUGACCGAUUGCCGAAUGGUGCGCCGUCAACUGGUCAAGCAGGACGCCCAGGCUCGUGGGCAGGGCUCACUUGGGCUAAUGGCCCUGCCGGUAACACCAUGGCAGGGCUGGGAAAGCCUCCUCCAGGCAGAGAUCCCAAGAGUCGGGCACGAAGUCGAGAAUAUCUCAAACAGUGCUUGCAAGAAAUUCAAUAUCUAACUUCUCCUCAAGCCAUGAAUCCUUUACCGAACCGUCCAUUGCUCAACAACUCCUCCAUACCACUAUCUUUACCCAAUGUCCCUCCAUUUGACCCAAUGGCUUACAAUGGUCGUCCCCGAAAAGUUCUUCCGGAGUCGACCUCAUUACUCAAUGGUAUCAAUCUCAUGCCCGGCCCCUCAUCCGCUCCAGCCGCUAGCGGUAAUCAAAUGCAAUCUCUGGAGAGAAGCAAUCCACUGGGUUCUGGCAUGGUUCCCCAACAAAAUCAACCACAACAACCACAACAACAGCCGCCUUUACCUCCGUCCUCCUCCUCCCAACCAUCGCCACAAAACGUCCCGUCUCAGAACAAUCAAACCUUUGGAUCUUUGCCAGCAGACAAGGAAAAAGAAGAUUCGGAGUCGCGGCAACUGACAGCCAUAUUCCGCCCGGAUGAUGCCGGUGAAUGGAAGGAAAAACUUAGGCUUUCACAUGAGGCGUCAGAACAAGCUAGGCUUGCCCGCGAAAGCCAUGGUGUUAAUGGUGGUUGGGACCGGCGUAGAGAGUAUGACGACGAUGUUAAAGAUGAAGAUCCCGAAGUCGACGACGAAGAUUCCUCUGUUGUCAGCGAAGGUGAAGACAGCAAGGUAUGGAAACCGAAGCGGACGCUCCGAAAUCAUCUGGAUGCGGUCCGAGCGCUUGCUUUCCAUCCAAACGAACUCUGCCUCGCCACUGGUGGAGACGACUGUACCGUGAAGAUAUGGAGAAUGGACGUUGCCGGCCUGGCCUCAGCUACAUCCAGAGUCACCACGGAAAUAGAGCCACAAUUAACUCUUCGAGGCCAUUCUGCAGCUAUAACUCGAUUAGUGCAUUCACCCUCAAGGCGACUAAUCUACUCCGCCUCCUUAGAUUCUUCGAUACGAGUAUGGGCAUUACCCGCGCCGUCUCAUACAACUUAUGCGCCGUACGACGAAACUCGGUCCCGAGGAGAACUCAUCGGACAUACGGAUGCAGUCUGGGAUCUGGCACUUUCCCGAGACGAGAGUACCCUAAUAAGUUGCGGUGCCGAGGGAGCAGUGAAGGUAUGGGAUGUUGGAGGGCCCUCAGGACCCGGUUCGUUACGGUUAACAUGGGGUCGGAACGGGCUAGAGCACACAAGUCAGGAUGAACUCCAUGAAGACAACAAUGCACCCGGAGCCACCGCUGUUGAAGCACUGAAAAGCGACCUAAAGAAAGUCGCUGUGGCAUAUCAAAACGCCGUCGUGAAAGUUUUUGACAUCCAAACUGGCAAGGAAGUUUCACGGCUAGCGAGUGAUAUCAGUUAUGAUGGCACGCCUGCGACACAGAUAAACAGGAUAACUUCACAUCCGACCAUGUCCCUGUUGGUGGCCGCACACGAAGACAAAUUUAUAAGAAUAUUCGAUACCACGACUGGACAAUGCACUCACUCUAUGCAAGCCCACUUGGAUGGUGUAACAUCUCUUUCGAUUGACGCGUCCGGAUUCUCCCUUGUUUCUGGGAGCCAUGAUUGUUCAGUUCGAUUCUGGGACCUACUAGGCUCCCGUGUAUGCGUCCAAGAAAUUACAACACAUCGAGAAAAGGCACGAGAAGGUGUUUUGGACGCGGAAUUCCAUCCUUCACUACCUUUCAUGGCAAGCGCGGGUGCCGAUGGUGUUGUAAAAUUAUAUGCUUCCUCGUGA